AUGCCUGUCCUUUCCGAAUCAACUGCUUCGAAUCAUGGAGACGCACCUUGCUCCUCCUCCUCCUCCAUCUUCUCCAGUCCAGCCAUGCCCCAUGUCCUCGCGGCCUUCGUCCUAAUAUCCUGCGUCGUAAUCCUGAUUCGUCGCCGAACCUCUUCCAACAAACUCCCACCAGCGCAAAUAGAACAUUUCAACGACGAGAAGAAAUACGAGUACCAAGAACCACUGCUCAGGAUGCCAAGACCCGCCUCCCCAACCCUAGCAGAAACAAACCUGACCAACGUCCGGAACCUGGAAUCCGUGCCCUCGGUGUCUCCCUCUACGUCGAUAGUAGAAUCAUUCGAGCCGCAGCAGCAGCAGUUGCAAAUCGACAUCCCGAGACGGAGGAGCUAUACGAAGACCAUCGGGGUGGAAAAGGAGAUCGAGGUCACGGGCGAGAUUGUGGUUAGUCCCGAGGGGUGGAGACGCCAUACGAGGGUCUUUGGGGGUGGGGUUUGUAAGGCGUGUGAGGAGAGUGAGAGGAGGAUGAGUGCGUGA